UCAAAUGACAUGCUUAACAAGUAGUGUUCUUACACUUACUGCAAUAGCCUGCGAUCGUUUCAUUGCCAUUCUGUUCCCGUUUCGAGCCCGCAUCACUAAGCAGCGUACAGGAGUUGUCAUAACAGUGAUCUGGUUGGUCUCCUUAGCCGUAGCCAUUCCGUUCAUAAUUUACAGAGAGUACUACCAGAUUCAGUGGAAAGACUUUGUUGAGGCACAUUGCGGGGAAACUUGGCCACCAGCUAUUGUCUAUGACGAAAAUCUCCAGAAGUGCGUGACAACAUACCCAUCAAAGCAGCUAUACUAUACCUUUGUAGCAGUGACACUGUUUUUCCUUCCUGUAAUAAUUAUGGCGACCGCUUAUUUUUUGAUAAUAUGGAAGCUUUGGGUAUCUGAGGUACCCGGCGAAAGAAACCCAGUCAAUAUUAGUGUUCAACAUCGAUCUAUGAAAAAGGUUAUCAAGAUGGUUUGUGUCGUACUUAUAGCUUUUGUUGCUUGCUGGCUACCUUUACAAGUUAUCAUCCUGUAUUCUCAGUUUAUACAUUCUAGCACAGAAAUUGGAGAGCUUCCGGAGUGGUUUUCGGAUGUUUCGUACUUUGCCAAUUUCUUCGCCUAUUUCAACAGCGCACUGAAUCCAAUCAUCUAUGGAGGGUUUAAUAGUAACUUUCGGAAAAGCUUUUAUGUCGUCAUGAAGUGUGGAUGUACAAAUUCGCAGACUCAAAGGCGUCGUUAUCUAGCCUCAGGAAUUUCCAAAACAUCCAGAUCAACUUUUACCUCAACGUUUUCCUGUAGUCUAGCUCGUAGGAAAUGGCUUACAAAUAGAGAGAGUAGAAGAGAGAAUGGAGGCAGGUUGAGAACUGGCAUUGAUAUUGAACAUGGAGACACGGAAAAUCAGAACUUAUCGACUUUUAAUAGCGCUUUAUACAUGUCCACAAGAAAACGCCCGAGUUCAGAAGGCGACAACUUGAAGAAUGAAUGUCUGAAGAGUUCCACGAACAGAAAAUUUGAAGAACAAGUUUAGCUGUUUAAAA